AUGCUCCACCCGUAUACGACCCGCCAGCAGACCAACAUGCUCGGUUCCUAUACAUUGUCAAGCAUCACUGACGAUAAGAUGUGCCUUCGUUGUAGUAAGCUUCUGCAGCGUGCGAUGGCAUAUCCUACCAUGACUCCUCUGGAUUACGGCUCGAGGAUGCUGCGCUUCUGCGUCUCUCCUUAUCUUCUAUUUGACGUGAUAAAUCACAAAGUCCUUCUCCACGCCAAUAUCUGGGAUGCAUACCUGGCUAUCGAAUGGACGUGGCCUGGUUUGUCCCUUUCGCGCUGGGAUUCUGGUCGGGAGCGAGACUGGAAUAACGGGAAGAUGAAGUCCGCAGUCCGCUCGGGAAUACUCAUCCGCGAGCCUUGGAAUCUCAGAAAACUCCACGAAAGCCUGUACCAGCCCCCUGCACUCCAUUCCUUCAAAGCAGGAUACAAUGACCUUUUCGAGUUAAUUCCAGCUUCAGAACACCUUGAAGUCAUGAUGGAGUUGUCGGCGUGCCACCUUCAUACCGGUUGGGAAUCAAACUUCCCGUCUCUAACAAAAGCCAACCAAUAUCUCCCAAUCCUCAUGCUCGUCAGGAAUAAGCAACUACACACAUGCCAUCUCCGCGCUCUCCGAGCUCGUCACCUCGAACGCGUCCACCGAGCCCCAGACCAAAUCAGCAAAGAAAGCAUCUCGUACAAUAUCAAAGUCUUGUACUCCCACAGAAUCCAGACUUGUAAACCCACGUGUAAAAAAAUGCUCAGGUCGAGCACCAGGGUCCAGUCCAGGCAAUACACCCACGCCAAGGGAAACGCAUCUCCUUCGUCAGGGGUCCUUUCCAUCACCCGAUACUUCCGUCACAAUGCACGAUACGCGAAAGCCAUGAUUCUGCUACCACAUACUCCCCUUCGAAAUGCAACGCUUGAGAGAAGCGGAUUUUGCAAAGAGGCAGGUACAUGCCUAAAUCGUGCGCAAUACUGUGUGACCUCAUCGUCCUACCAAAAACAACAAACCACCCAUGCGGCGUCCAUGCGGACGGGCGUGCCUGCUUACCGAUUGCUUGCCAGGGCCUCUGACAAUCCGGCCCCUGGUUCUGGCAAGAAGGCUAAGAACCCCUCUAGAUCUACCAAUUCUAGAUCAACUAGUUCCAUCUCCAAAUACAAUCGCGAGGCCAACUUGCUAGACCCUGCAUCCUCCGGCUCGCGAACCCCGAACCAAGAUGCGGCACGCAACGAACCAUGGCUACCCAUGCUGCCAUGCAGAGCUGGCAAGAAAGGCUAUAUGACGCUAUCAAGCCUCAUUCGCAAAGAACCCUGGUUUUCCAAUAAUGUGGACAAAAUCAUGCACGGUGAUUCUACAAAGUCGAAGAAGGUUGGAAGGGUGGUAGUAGGGCAUGAUGAAUCCCCGACCCAAACACACGUUUCUGCCAAACUACUACCGGUACGCAGCAGACUGCAGUUGAGUACGCAACAGCAGCAGCAGGCUGAGAGCAUAGCCAGGGUUCCUCAACUACCUAACAUCCCGUCCAAGUUUGACAAUAUGCCAUCUGCGCAGUGCAAGUCCGGGCUCUGA